UUUGUGACGUUGCCAAAUGUUUACCAGCCAGUCCAGAUUCUUCACACAAGGAAAAGCUUAUCGAGCGUUGGAAGUUGUUGUUUUUUAAUGUCCUAAAACGCGCAUUUUCCCCUGUAAAACACAAACAAUUCAUUCUUGCUGCUUUGGCGUUCGGAUAUAUUUUCUUGACUUCACCGAUAAGCCUGGCGGUACACCAAUUUACAAUCAAAGUGGACAAAAGGAAAAAGGCCAGCAGUAAGCACUCGAUGAGAAACAUUUGACAAAAUAAUAAAAUGAAAACGGAAGUUUCAGCGGCCUCGAGCUUUAUAGCCAGCUUGCUAAGAACCACUGGAUUACUAUCCGAACACCAGUUGGAGCAGUUCAGUUUGGCGCUGGAGGAAGCCCUGGGCGAUCACUACCAGCAUCACUGGUUCCCCCAAGCUCCGUGCAAAGGAUCUGGUUACCGAUGCAUCAGAAUCAAUCAUAAAAUGGACCCUGUGAUCGGCAAAGCAGCUUGUACCGUUGGGCUCACCGUCGAACAACUUUUCUCAUUGCUUCCCCGUGAAUUAACACUGUGGGUCGAUCCAUACGAGGUAUCAUAUCGCAUAGGAGAGGACGGCUCUAUUUGUGUGCUCUAUGAGUCCACCCCACCAACACCAGCUCAUUCGGACUCCACGGACUUCGCUAGUUGCAAAAAUGGAAUCAGAAUGGGGCAAACAAGCCCCUCAGAGUCAUUCAACAUAAUGGCUGUUUCAAGCUAACAUGUCUUAUUUUCAUUCACGCCAUGAUUUUUUACGCACAAAAAUCCUAUUGCAUUUGAUGUUUUUUGGAAAUAAAAGAUGUAGUGUCUUUUUCACUUCAA